AUGGAUACCCAUCUGAUUAAGACUGUGAACAAAUUGCAGGAUGCUUUUUCGACAGUUGGUGUUCACAAUCCCGUCGAUUUGCCACAAAUCUCCGUCAUUGGAUCGCAAUCCAGUGGUAAAAGUUCGGUUUUAGAAAAUAUCGUCGGACGAGAUUUCCUUCCUCGUGGUACUGGCAUUGUCACUCGUCGUCCCUUGGUGUUGCAACUUAUCAAUCGAGCACCGUCGGGUGAAAAGCCUACUAAUGGUGCCCCUAAUGGCAGCAGCACGGAUUCCGAAGAAAACCCGGACGAAUGGGGAGAAUUUCUUCAUUUGCCUGGACAAAAGUUCUAUAACUUUGACAAGAUUAGAGAAGAAAUUGUCAAGGACACUGAACUCAAGACUGGCAAAAACUUGGGCAUUUCUCCACAACCUAUCAAUCUGAGAAUCUUCUCACCAAACGUGUUGACACUGACAUUGAUCGAUUUGCCCGGUCUUACCAAGGUGCCAGUUGGUGACCAACCCAAGGAUAUCGAAAAGCAAAUCAAAGAAAUGAUUCUCAAGUACAUCACCAAGCCUAACGCGAUUAUUCUUGCUGUUACUGCUGCCAACAGUGACCUUGCCAACUCGGACGGCUUAAAACUUGCUCGCGAAGUCGAUCCUGAGGGUCUUCGUACUAUUGGUGUCUUGACAAAGAUCGAUCUUAUGGACCAAGGCACCGAUGUUAUUGACAUCUUGGCGGGUCGCGUGAUUCCGCUACGUCUUGGCUAUGUUCCUGUUGUGAAUCGUGGCCAGCGUGAUAUCGAAACCAAAAAGUCGAUUAGCAAGGCUUUGGAUGGCGAGCGUGAUUAUUUCGAAAAUCAUCCAUCUUAUCGCAGCAAGGCUCAAUACUGCGGUACUCCAUUCUUGGCACGCAAACUCAACAUGAUUUUGAUGCACCAUAUUCGCAACACACUGCCGGAAAUAAAGGCCAAGAUCCAAUCUGCUUUAAGCAAAUACCAACUAGAACUUGCACAAUUGGGAGAUCCUCUUGGCGACAGUUCGUCCAAUCAAGCCAACCUGGUGCUCAACAUUAUCACCGAAUUCUGUACCGAGUUCCGCACAAUCAUUGAUGGUAACUCUAACGAUUUGUCCAGCUUUGAACUGUCCGGUGGUGCACGUAUCAGCUUUGUCUUCCAUGAACUCUAUGCCAGUGGCAUCAAGAGCAUUGAUCCUCUCGACCAGACAAAGGAUGCCGAUAUUCGUGUCUACUCGUAUAACUCUUCAGGUUCUUCACCUGCGUUGUUUGUGGCAACCACCGCAUUUGAAGUUAUCGUCAAGAAGCAGAUCAAGCGUUUGGAGGAUCCUAGCGUCAAGUGUAUCAAUAUGGUGUACGACGAACUCGUGAGGAUCUUGGGACAAUUGCUCAACAAACAGCAGUUCUUCAAGCGAUUCCCAACUCUCAAAGACAAGUUCUAUCAAGUGGUUCUUGCUUAUUUCAAAAAGGCUUUAGUUCCUGCGACAAAGCUUGUAUCGGACUUGGUCAACAUGGAAUCAUGCUAUAUCAACACUGCACAUCCAGACUUCCUCAAUGGUCAUCAGGCUAUUGCUAUGGUGAAUGACCAACUUUCUGGCAGACAGCAACAGCAGCAACACCCGACUCAAGAUCAUUCAAAAACUAACAAACAGCUGACAGCACUGCAAACGAGUCCCAGCACUCCCAGUGCUGAUUCCAACGAAAAUGGAUUCUUCGGUAGCUUCUUCUCGGGACCCAAGAAGAGCAAAAAGACGAGUGGUUUGAUGGAACCUCCACCACCAUCGCUUAAGGCUACCGGUGCCUUGUCAGAACGCGAAUACAUGGAGGUCGAAGUUAUCAAACUCUUGAUCCAAUCCUACUUUAACAUUGUUAAGCGUACCAUGGUCGACAUGGUUCCAAAGGCUAUCAUGCUCAACCUUGUAAAUCGUGCCAAGGAAGGACUCCAGCGUGAGCUUCUCGCAGAGCUUUACAAGGCGGAUGUAUUGGAUGAUUUGUUGCAAGAGUCUGAAUUCACGCAACAGAGAAGGAAAGAAUGCAAGAAGAUGAUAGAGGCAUUGCAAAAGGCAGACGAGAUUGUUGGAUCAGUGUAG